GGUUAAUUGAUUUCUUUUGUGAGCUGUUUCCUGUUUGUUGGGUGUUAUACAUCAACUUCGGAAACGGAAUGGCAAGCUUCAGCGUUGUGAAGAAGAGCAACAAUUUCCUCAGAAAACACAGGAAGUGGCCAUUUCCACCCUACAAAACCAAAUGGCAUCGAACCUUCGAUCAGGACGAAGCUUUGCGAAUCCUAAAACAAGCUGCAAAUUCCCCGAAACCACCGAAUUCCGACGAACCCUCCCUUCUUUCCGCACUUAUAACCUCCUUCAGAGCCUACCGCUGCCACCCAACCCCCAAUGCCUACCACUUCGUUCUCAAAACCCUAGCUCGAACCUCCCAAUUCCACCACAUUGCCCCUGUUCUUGAUCGCCUCGAACGCGUCGAGAAAUUCCAAACCCCAGAGUACAUCUUUGUCGACCUCAUCAAAGUUUACGGACGAAUGGACAGAAUUCAAGAUGCCGUCACUCUUUUUCGUAGAAUUCCUAUGUUUAGGUGCGUUCCUUCUACGCUCUCACUCAAUUCUUUACUUUUCCUGCUCUGUAGAAAUGGCGAAGGCCUUCGAAUAAUUCCUGAGAUCAUAUUGAAUAGCCAGACUAUGGGUAUUAGGCUUGAAGACUCCACUUUUCGGAUACUAAUUACUGCGUUAUGUAAAAUUAAUAAAGUUGGGCAUGCAAUGGAGAUUUUCAAUUAUAUGAUAACUGAGGGGUAUGGUCUGAAUCCACGAAUCUGCUCUUUGAUAUUGGCAUCGAUGUGCGAACAAAAGAGAUCCUCCAGUGAUGUGGUUCUUAGCUUUCUGGAAGAAAUGAGGCAAAAAGGAUUCUGUCCUGUUGUUGUGGAUUAUUCUAAUGUAAUUAAGUUUUUCGUUACGAGAGGGAUGAGUUCAGAUGCUGUUGAUCUAUUGAAUAAAAUGAAGGCCGAUGGUUUCAAGCCUGACAUUGUUUGUUAUACUAUGGUCUUGAAUGGGGUGAUUGCGGAUGGGGAUUAUAAGAUGGCAGAUGAACUGUUUGAUGAAUUGCUUCUCUUUGGUUUAGUUCCUGAUAUUUAUACAUACAACGUGUACAUACAUGGAUUGUGCAAACAAGGUAAUUUGGAAGCGGGGAUUCAAAUGAUUUUGCAUAUGGAGGAAUUGGGGUGCAAACCUAAUGUGAUUACUUACAAUAUUCUAUUGGAAAGUUUGUGUAAAACCGGUGAACUUGAUGAGGCAAGGAAGCUUCGAAGUAAAAUGCAACUAAAGGGUCUGGCAGAAAACUUGCGGACUUUUAGGAUUAUGAUCGAUGGUUUAUUUCAUAAUGGUGAUGUAAUUGAAGCGUGCGUCCUAUUGGAGGAAAUGGUAGGAAGUUGUUUCCCUCCUCAGAUUUCAACUUUUGGUGAGAUACUUUCUUGGUUGUGCAAAAGGGACAUGGUAGGCAAAGCACUUGAGUUACUCACGUUAAUGGUAGGAAAGAACUUUUCUCCAGGUCCUAAGGCUUGGGAAAUACUGCUCCUGAGUUCUGAAAGUGAGCUAACCUCUGUUCAGAGCCUUGAAACUACUUUAGAAGAUUUAGUAGGCAUCUGAAGAAACUCAAACCCCAUGGAUUUUGGAGUCCAUAAACUAUAGGAGUCUUCAUGGCUAUGCUCGAACUGGUCUCUAUUUUAUUUUGUAAUGGACCAGCCUUCGUUUCACCCAACUCUCAAUAAGGUGAGGAGAAAAGGUACGGUCAAAUGCUAUUAUUGCCCUGCAUAAUUUAAAAGAGAUUCUUUGCGUGGGAAGUGAGUUUUUCUAACAAGCUGUGUGUUAUUUUGUGGGUUCUUUGGGGUGAGGAGAAUAUUAGAAUCUUUAGGGAUUAGGAGAUAUCUUCCUUUUAGUGAUGUUUGGUCCUUGUUAGAUUAUGUGAAAAGUCUUUUUAUGAUUACUCUCUUGGUCGACUUGUAUUGUUUCAUUGUUUUCUCACUAAAAGGUUGGCUAUUUAAACAAAAUAAUGAAAGAACUACAAAGAAUGACACUGUUGUAGUUCUUUAAAACCAACUGAUAAGGAAAUCAUUGACAAUUAUUUGCUUAUCGAAAUUUAGAUUUAUCCACAUAUUUAAUACUAGAUAUAUCAAUUUAUUUCAAUGUUUUUACAUUUAUUGAAGUUUCAUGUAUGAAAUUAAAGAGGAGUUGUUGAACCUAGUUAAUUAGAUGAAAGGUUGUAUCCUUUCAUAGUGUAUUUUCAAUUAGUUAAAAUAAGGUUGUAAUCUCCACAUUUUAGAACAAGGCUUUGAAUUUGAACGAAAUUUUCUUAGAGUUUAUUCUCUCAAGCUUUAUGUUUUCUUUGUAUUCUUGUGUUUAAAAUGCAUGUUUUAGGACUUUCAAUCUAGUUUGAUCAAUUAGAUUGUGGAGAAUUUGAAAUCUUGAAGUUAGGAACAAGUUCUCAUUUCUUCUUGAUCUUUAAUCAAAUUUUUCAAGUCAAAUCUGUUUAGCUUUCUUGGGGUUGCUUACCAAUUAGUUAAUUGGGGUUAUUCUUAUUACUGUUGUGGGGGUUCACCUCGUUUAAGGGGGAGUUCUCAAACGUGAUUGAGGUAGUUCCCUUUAUCAUUUGGUAUUAGAGAAAAGAAAAGAGUGAAAAUGGAGAAAAAUGAAGGAGCUGGAAAAGAAGAUUUGGGAUGGGUUUAAAACCUUGCAAGCUUUUUAAGCUUUGUUUCUUGUGUGUCCUUGAGUUAGAAUGCAUGAAUAUUUGGAGCAUUCAAGUGAGAUUGGAUCUGUCUUGUUUGUGGUGUGCUUUGAAGAUCAAGGGUUGAUGGGAGUUGUAGACCUUUGUCCAAACUUUGCUUUAUUAGAUCGUCUAAGUAAUAUGUUAUCUAGCCUAUCUUAGGGGUUGAGACCAAAUAGGUUUUGGGGUUUGUUGGGGUUGAGUUCUUUGGGUCUUGUUUUUCAACAUGGUCCUUAGAUCCGAUUCUUGAAGGUUUCUUUAUCAUUUUGGUAUUAGAGCUUUGGCUCUAAACAGAUUACAUCUUUACUUGUUUUCCUUUCAUUGCCAUCUUUCUUUCUUUAAAUUAUUUCAUCUUCUCAUUUAUUUUUCUUACUUCAUGCACUAUUGUGUCUGCUGGAACAAAAAAGUUUGUAAAAAAAUGGAAAAAAGUGUCUUAUUGUUUUCUUGUGACCUUUCAUUUCCUUCGUAUUUAAGUUUACUUGCUGGAAAAAUUGGAAAAAGAAAUUGCCUUUUGCAUCUUUCCAUAAGUUUUUUUUUAAAAAAAAGCUUCGUGAUUUUGUGACUUCUCACAUUCUAUACUAUAUUGAAAUACUCUGGCAUGAUUCUUGUAAUAAUACUAUAAGAUUUGUUGAAGUUUGAGAUACUAGAAGUCUUAUGAUAUCUGUUGUCAAAGAAGAAAUUAUUAAGCAACUUACGACAGUGAUUAUAAUUUUUGGAAGAAGUUUAGAGAAAGUUUGGAUGAGUUGAGCCAUUGAUUACAUAGGGUCAAUUGAAUGAAAAGUUGAAGUUCCAAAAGCUAGCAAGGAAGAAUUAUGCCAUGUGAGCUAUUGAAAAUCAAGAAGAUAGUCCUUUGCCAAUUACGGAUCAACCAUUCCAAAUGAUGGAGUUCACUACAAGUCGGAAAGAGAGAUUGCAACUGUAAUGUCACUAAGAUGAAUGAGGGUGAUCAUCAAAGUUUGAGAGGAAUCAAAAGGUCUUCUAGUUGCAGAGAGCAAGGAAAGGAGAUAUUUAAAGUAUGUAUUGAGAAUGAGGUUAUGACUAAAUCCUUAGAGAAAAACGAGGAAAAAAUAGAGAAAAAUGACACAUUAGAGACUAAAAGAGAAAGAAGAGUGUGAUUAAGAAUGGAACUGAAAGAAAAUAUUCAUGUGAGAAAAAUCAUGGGAGUAGUUUUCCAACUAACGCUCCUUCCUAUUAUGUUCCUUGUGUUUUAUAUGCUACAUUAAAGGCACGAUGGGAGAUGGUCAAGUUUGAAAUUUUUCAUCAACGACGUCUGAGGUGGAAUGCUCUACAAAGAAAUUUCACAUUUAAUUUUGGAGAAGACGAGCCUUUCAAACUUAUUUUCAAAGUUCGAGAUGAUGAUUACAAAGUUGCGUUACAUGGCCAUCUAAGAUUCGAGGAAGAAUCUUCUCGAAGAAGAGGAGUUUGAUAAAGAAAUCAUUGGCGAUUAUUAGAAUUGGAGCAUUGAAUUUAACUUCUAAGCUAAGCUUCCAAAUAAAGUUGAAGAGAUGCAACUUUUGAAUCUUCAUGAUCAUCCAAGAGAUUAAUGAAUCUAAAAAUUUAGAUUCAUCCACAUAUGUAAUACUAGAUGUAUCAAUUUAUUUUAAUAUUUUUACAUUUAUUGAAGGUUUGAAAUUAAAGAGUUGUUGAACCUAGUCAAUUAGAUGAAAGGUUGCGUUCUUUCAUAGUGUCCUUUCAGUUGGUUUAAAUAAGGUUGUAAUCUCCACAUUUUAGAACAAGACUUUGAAUUUGAAUGAAAUAUUUUUAGAAUUUAUGUAAGGUAUCCAAGUCCCUGCACACAAAAAAAUAGAAGAACACCCAACCAAUGAUACAAAUAAGACCAAAAUAGGGUAAUACGUUCUCCCCUGUGAAUGACUAUUACAUAUCAACAAAUAUCCCGAAGUCUCAAAUGAUAUUACAAGCCAAACAGAGGUCACAAGUUCACAUUAGCAAGAAAGACAAAAAACGAGAAAAUAGAAAAUGGUACUCCGACUAUUCAAGAGAGUUGACUCUCCUCUAUGAGUUGUUGCUCCAAAAUCUAUGAAACACAGAUACUUCAUGUGAGGCAAAGAAUCCGUAUUAGACACGUACUAGAUAUCGAUACUUCCAGAUACUUCCUAGAUACAUAUCUGACACGCGUUUGACGUAUCUAUUUUACGCUUAUCUUUUUUUAAAGAAAAAAAUAUAAAAAACUCAUUUAACCUUUCCCAAUCUAAAACUAUGCAGCCUAUUUAAAAAGCUUACUGUUCGAGUCAAAACUAAAAGGGAAAAAAGAUAAAAGACCAAACCCUAGAAUCAUCUAACCUUCAUCUUCACAUUUGAGUUCCCACAAAAUCCACCAAAAUAUAACCCACUUGAAUAUCUUCAACAAUUCAACGAAGUUCUUUGUUUAUCUUCAUACUUCUCCCUCUAAUCUUCUUCUUCUUCUCUAAUCAACACGAGUCACUUUUCUAUUGCAUUUCAUUGACUAUUUUACUUUAACAUCUUAGAUGAUGUUUUUUGUAUUAUAUUUCAAUGUUUGUAUUGUAUUUUGUACUAUUGUCAUUAACUUGCAUAUUAAAUUUAUCUAUAUCCUAGAUUUUUUUUAAGAAAAAGAAAACGUAACUUCAACGUAUCAGUAUUCUAGUUUUUUAGAAAUUGACGUAUCGUCGUAUCCUAUCGUAUCAAUAUCUUGUAUAUGUAUCCAUAUAUGUGCUUCAUAGUCUAAAACAGUCCUAUCCUUCCCUUCAUUCCAAAACCCUACUAAUACCCUUCAGCUGGUCCCUGCUGCUGGUCUCUGUCGUCUCUUGCUUGAGUAAUUCCCUUCUUGCCCCCUUUCCUCUCAUACACUUUCAUAAUAGGAGGUCUCACAUCACCCCCUUUUUGAAAAUUCAUCUUGUCCUCAAGGUGAGCAUCAAGAAAUUGCCUCCUUGUCACUUUGACUGGUUCCUAGGUGGCAUCAGUUUCCAGUUGAUUGACCCAUUUGAUCAACCAUUCUUGGUAAUUCGCCUUGGCAUUCCAUCUAACUCCCAACACUUGUUCUGGUUCUGCCUCCCAUUCAAAUUCAUCAGACAAUUGUGGUGCUUCAGCUUGCACUAUGGUUUCAUUAGACACUACCUUCUUUAAUUGUGAAACAUGAAAGACAUCAUGUAUUAUGGCUGUGGAAGGAAGCUCUAGACAAUGGGGCCAUAGUCCCAAUCCUUUCCACCACAUUGAUCUUCCUCUAGGCCAUCGUCUAGAGCUUUCUUCCACAGUCACGGUACAUGAUGUCUUCCAUGUUUCACUAUUAAAGAAGGUAGUGUCUAAUGAAACCGUAGUGCAAGUUGAAGCACCACAAUUGUCUAAUGAAUUUGAAUGGGAGGUGGAACCAGAACAAGUGUUGGGAGUUAGAUGGAAUGCCGAGGCGAAUUGCCAAGAAUGGUUGAUCAAAUGGGUCAAUCAAUUGGAAACUGAGACCACUUGGGAACCAGUCGAAGUGAUGAGGAGGCAAUUUCUUGAUGUUCACCUUGAGGACAAGGUGAAUUUUCAGAAAAGGGUGAUGUGAGACCUCCUAUUAUGAAAGUGUAUGAGAGGAAAAAGGGAAAGAAAGGAAUUAUUCAAGCAAGGACUAGCUGAAGGGUAUUAGUAGGGUUUUGGAACAAAGAGAAGGGUAGGAUUGUUUUGGAGCAACAACUCAUAGAGGAGAGUCGGCUCUCUCGAAUAGUCGGAGUACCAUUUUCUAUUUCCUUGUUUUUUGUCUUUCUUGCUAGUGUGAACUUGUGACCUCUGUUUGGCUUGUAAUAUCAUUUGAGACUUUGGGAUAUUUGUUGAUAUAUAAUAGUCAUUCACAAGGGAGAACGCAUUACCCUGUUUUGGUGUCGUUGGUUGGGUCUUGUGUGUUUUCUGUGUGCAAGGACUUGGAUACCUAACAUAAAUUUUAAGAAAAUUUCAUUCAAAUUUAAAGGCUUGUUCUAAAAUGUGGAGAUUACAACCUUAUUUAAACUAAUUGAAAGGUCGCAACCUUCCAUCUAAUUGACGAGGUCAUGAACUUCAAUAAAUGUAAAAACAUUGAAAUAAAUUGAUACAUCUAGUAUUAAAUAUGUGGAUGAAUCUAAAUUUUCAGAUUCAUUAGUCCCUUGGAUGAUCUCGAAGCUUCAAAGGUUGCAUCUCUUUAACUCUAUUUGGAAGCUUAGCUUAGAAGUCAAAAUUCAAUGCUCCAAUUCUAAUAAUUGCCAAUGAUUUUUGUAUCACCAACAGAUCAUGCUUCAAAUUUAUUUAGACUGAUUAGAGCGCAAGAAUGCUUCUCUGCUGGGCAGGUAUUGCGAGGACGACCUUGUGUGAGCUAUCUGCUGGUAUUGUGGUAGAAGGAGAGAAUGCACCCUUCAACUUCAUGGCCUGGGCAACAUCUAAUAGUGUAACUGGAAAGAGUGCAUUGCUUGGAAAGAUUUUCUAGUAUAACUAAUUCUUUCAAUCUUGGUGUUGACUAGGCAAAUAAAAAAUGGAGGUAGUAUUAAUAUUCUCAUAGUACCUGAAAUUUUUUCGCAUUCUUUUCUCCCUUCAUUGUUCUUGAAUUCAUGAAUAGUAUAACUCUUGAAGGUUUCUAUUUUAUUAGCCUUUAAAAAGUGUCAUUUUUCUUUGCAUAGUUUCUCCAUGGAAGGAGGAGAAUAUUGUGAGAGUAACUACAGUGAAAGGAGGUCACAUGUUACACGAGAGGGGCACCCCAUGUGGAAUAAGUUCAAAGAAGACUGAAAGUAAUUGAAGCUUUCCUAUGUUUUAAGUCAAUUGGAAUUUAUUUUCAUUAGAAAAACGUAUCACGUCAAGAAUUUGUACCUUCUCUUUUUCCAUGCGUGUUUAUGAUUUUCAACUGUUGGAUCGUACAUAAUUGAAAUUUGAUACAGUCAGAUUUCUGUAUCCUGUUCCUAUUUAUAUAAAUCACUUUCAUAAAAUCAAAGAGAUCAUGUUUAAUUUUAACUUGAAUCACAAAGUAGAUAUUUCAAAAGGAAAGAAUUCCUCCUGAAAGAGUCAAAUUUUGUCGUGGGGUGAAUAUAGAAGUUUGUGGAUCUGUCAUAAUAUAAGCAAUCGUGGCAAAUCCAAAGCUCAAAGUAAAGAAGGCAAAAACUUGUUACCCCAAGUAUCUACUCCCACUUUGUCUCCCUUCAUUGGGAUAUUACAAAUUUUCGAGGAUUGUUUUGAAAAUGGCCGGUCGUAGUAUAGUAGUAGUCUUCAUCCCAUACCCCUUUCAAAUUGGUGCCAAAAUUUUACUCAUAACCUUUCUCUAUCAUCUUUUACAUUUAUUUGUCUCAUGUUUCUCUAUCUAUUUUCUUUUAUCUUUAAAUUUUCGCUAAAAUCUCUAAUACAUUUUGGGUUUAUUUUUAAAAAAUGAAAGAUUUAUUUUAUUGAUUUCUUUUUUCUUUUUUUGAAAAUAACAUGGACAUAAAUAUGAACUUUCAAUAUUAUUCAAUUAAUUGUACUUCUUGAUAGAUGGGGUGUUUUAUGUUAUCAUAAAAAUGAAAUUAAUUACGCGUUUAUAAUUAACUACAUGCAAUCACUAAUUUUCUUGCGUCUCAAUUUGUUAACACUUCCUAUAUAUACACCUGAAUAAUAUAUUUUUUUAAUUCAAUAUUUUGUUAUAUAUAUAUAUAUAUAUAACAAAAUAUUGAAUUAAAAAAAUGGGACUGUUGGAAGUAUAUAUGAUUAAUUUCUAAAUAGGAUACGACAAGACGUGGAUAAAUUGAAGAUUAGUCAACGAAUUGGACUCAUCACUUUGACUCUGAAUCUAAUUGAAGAAUCACAAUACGGCUUCUCUCGGAUCCAACAAUUCUAAUAAUUAUCAUCUACCCCUACACUACAUUUCCCACCAUCCGAUCCAAUUUUCAUCACAAACAACCUAUAUGGAAUAAUAUCAUUCUAAAUUUGAAUCUUGGGGGGGGAAGGAAAAAUAAAGGACAAGAAAAAAGGAAAUUACCUGAAAAGAAAUGAAGAGAAAGGUGGGUGAAUUGGACAUACAAUAACAAGGUUUGCAGUGGUCAGGAUGGGGAAGACGGGCACAUGAACAACCCACUCGGCAGUGGCCAUGUGGCGUCGCUAGAUGAGUGAGUAAUGCACGUGCCCUGCUUCUCCAUCCUGAUCGGCACGCACCUUCUAUGCCGCCGCUCUCCGACCAUUUACCUUCGUAUUUUCGGAUGCAAAAUCGCCGGAAUAGCUGUUCAAUUUAGGUAGCUUUUCUUUGGCAGCCAUAUUUAUAGCCAUGACGUGGGGCCACCAGGGAUUUCAAUUCCUUCUCCACUUACCUACUCUUUGACAUCUCGAAGUCUUAAUUUUAUUUAU